CACACACAGAAAGAAGGGAAGCGCCUGCCUUUGCGGAAGCCCAGAGAGGAGCCGAGGCGGCGCUAAACCUGAAUUAGCAUACUAAACCCGAGCUUUUAGCGGACGCGGAUGGACGGGUGAUACCGGAGGCUCGCGCACCAACACACACGCUGUCCUAACGGUCGAGACUCCGCCGGGUCCGGGACUCGUUCAGGUCGGGAUCCCUUUGCUGCCGAAGGAGAUGGGGGACAAGGCGGGCACCAGAGUGUUCAAGAAGUCGAGCCCCAACUGUAAGGUGACGGUUUACCUGGGAAAGAGGGACUUCGUGGACCACCUGGACCACGUGGACCCAGUAGAUGGCGUGAUCCUCGUCGACCCCGAGUACCUGAAAGACAGGAAAGUCUUCGUCACGCUCACCUGUGCGUUUCGGUACGGCCGAGAAGACCUGGACGUCCUGGGUCUGUCCUUCAGGAAGGACCUCUACAUCUCCACCUUCCAGGCGUUCCCUCCGGUGCCUGAAGAGAAGAAACCCAACAGCCGUCUUCAGGAGCGUCUCCUAAAGAAACUUGGCCAACAAGCUCACCCGUUCUACUUCACGAUCCCUCAGAACCUCCCGUGUUCAGUCACUCUGCAGCCCGGCCCGGAGGACACUGGCAAGGCCUGUGGCGUUGACUUUGAGAUCAGAGCUUUCUGUGCCAAGUCAAUAGAAGAGAAGAUCCACAAGAGGAACUCGGUGCGUCUGGUCAUCAGGAAGGUUCAGUACGCUCCAGAGAAGCCGGGUCCUCAGCCGAUGGUGGAGACCACUCGCAGCUUCUUGAUGUCUGACAGAUCCCUACACCUGGAGACCUCUCUGGACAAGGAGCUGUACUACCACGGAGAGCCCAUCAGCGUCAACGUUCACGUCACCAACAACUCCACCAAGACCGUCAAGAGAGUGAAGAUCUCCGUGCGCCAGUAUGCAGACAUCUGCCUGUUCAGUACCGCCCAGUAUAAAUGUCCAGUGGCCCAGCUGGAGGCAGAUGACCAGGUGUCGUCCAGCUCCACCUUCUGCAAGGUGUACACUCUGACCCCGACGCUUGACAAGAACCGGGAGAAGAGAGGCCUCGCUCUGGACGGCAAGCUGAAGCACGAGGACACCAACCUGGCCUCCUCCACCAUUGUGAAGGACGUCACCAACAAGGAGGUUCUGGGGAUUCUGGUGUCCUACAGAGUCAAAGUCAAGCUGGUGGUCUCACGUGGAGGAGACGUAUCAGUGGAGCUGCCAUUCAUCCUGAUGCACCCGAAACCUGUGGAGCCGCCACUUUCCCGCCCAGAGUCAGCUGUUCCAGAGAUGGACCCCCCCAUCGACACAAAUUUGAUAGAAUUUGACACAAACAGCGUCUCCCAGGAUGACGACUUCGUCUUCGAGGACUUCGCCCGUCUGCGGCUCAAAGGUGCCGUGGACGACAAAGACGAGGACUGCUAGGAUCCACACACACACACACACACACACACACACACGUUACAUUCCCCCGGUGGAUGAGGGAUGUUUGGACAGAGGCUCUGCGGGUAGAGGGGGGUUCUUCCUCUCUUGCUUCAGUCAUUUCAUCUUCUUCUCCUCCGUCUGUCGUUCUGUUUCCGUUGUUUUUGUUUUUUCCUGCCGAAGGUUGAAAACUGUAAAUGUUGAGCAGCUGCAGGACAGAAGGAAUGUUUCAAUAUGUAGGGGGGGGGCAGCACUCGUCCGCUUUUACUUUGAAAAUCUUUUUUUAAUUUAUUUUCUUUUGAAUUGCGCGUUGUACAAACAGAAUAUAUAUUUGAAACACAGAAAGGAAAAAAAAAGAAUCUUCUACAAGCAGUUUGUGGUUUUCUUCAAGUAAAUACUGUCGAUGCUUUUUACUGUGCGGGGAGGACACACACACACACACACACACACACACACACACACAGAUUUCACCAGCAUCCGCUCUCUGAACCCUGUCGGCCAUCUUGUAAAAACGUUUGUUGUCCUUUCCAGCGUUGAGCAACUUUAGUUAAAAAAUUUAAGUUUAAAUGUAUUAAAACAACUAUAUAUAUAGUGUGUGUGUGUGU